UGUGGACGAAUGCUUCAUCCUCGCCCAUAUCAGAGGCGCUCUGGGGAACCGCCAACCAGACCUUUCAGUGAGAAAAGCAGGCUUCACAAGUCUUGAUGUCAAUUCUUUCUUGUGGUGCUUGAACUCUCAAUCUGGGGCAUCAAAAACAGAUUCAUGCCGCCAUUGCCGUCAUCCAUAAAAUGUGCUCGGACCAAUGUGCACGACUGUGCGUGUGCACGUGUGCCCCAAAAGGUGCACGGUAUUCAACUUUUUCUUAGUCCAUGGCGUCUAGGCCACUUCAGUGUCUCUUUACACUUUACAGCGAGUAGUUACCCAGACACUGAAGGAGCAGAGGGCACGGGUUUCAGCAGCGAAUCGCCGUAUGUUCUUUGGAACGACCUGGAAGCCAGACAGGGGCGCUUCAACCUCAUCGAAGUCGAAAUCAGACACACUUUAUCUGACCCCUCCGGCUGGGCUGUCUCUUUCCCCGGUUUAACCACCGAGAAUCUUGAACGGACACCAAAGCACCACCGACCUGCUGUGAGUCACGUGCUCGUACGUCGUGAUACUCUCUUCUCAUUCCAAUCAAUCACAGAAGCUCUACGGGCUAACGGUCGCUUAGUUGCACACUUCACCGGGCACGGUGUGUGCUAUCAAAGGACUAAAUGUGAAAACUCGGAGUGUUACGCAAGCUUGCUAUAAGGUGCC